AUGCCUCCCGCAUGGCUGCAAUCUGUUCUCAAUGCCACCGUCAAAAAAGAAGCACCCAGACUGUAUGUUUGGAACCUAUCCAACCUGGAAGGUCAAGCCCAGCCCUUCAGUUCGCCGGCCAGCAGUCGCCCCGAUGAGCUUACUCCAUACCGUCAUGAAGACAACCUAUAUCGACGGGUUUACAUUCUCGGUGUCGGUAACCUUGGUACUCUCUUCGCUAGCUCGCUUGCCUCACUGCCAGAGCCUCCGCCAAUAACUCUUGUGGUACACCGGAAGGACCUCCUGCUAUCAUGGAGGGAACAGCCAGGCAUCGAAAUGACCCGGCAAGGCUCCAUUUACAAACAUUUAGAUUUCGAUGUUGAGCUGUGGUCUGAAGAGCCCCCAUCCACUGGCUUGAAGAGGGAGGUUACAGAGGGUCAGCAAAUACACAACCUGAUCGUAGCGACGAAAGCAUCCCAAGCCCUACCGGCAGUCGACCGAAUCCGCCGUUACCUCAAUGAAAACUCCACGAUAGUCUUCGCCCAGAAUGGUAUGUGUAAGCUUUGGCCGCCGCAUGGGAAGACAUAUUCGAAGUCCCGUUACCUCGGAGAAUCACAUCCAAAUUUUCUAGCGUGUGUCACGACACACGGCGUGACCUCUCUCGGUCGAUUCAAGAGUUUCCAUGCGUCCGAGGCAAACCUCAAAAUCGGCCCUAUACUACUCAACGAGUUUCCUGAGAACGAUUCUUAUCUGUCAGAUGUGCUUUGCCGGGCCCCAACUCUUCACGGAGAGAAGGUUACACAAGAUGAACUUUGGAUUCUUCAACUGGAGAAGCUCGUCGUCAACUCGAUCAUCAAUCCACUGACCGCUAUUCUUCGUUGCAAGAACGGCGAUCUUUUCAACGAAAAGGAGGGCGUGCUUGCAGAACUCAUCAAUGCCCUGUUGCUAGAGGCUAGUAAGGUUCUUCAAGCUCUGAUCAAGGACCGGAGCACCGACGCAAUCAUACGUCCGGCAUCUCGUGAAGCCACGUCUACUACGAAAGUAGAAUUGGACCACGAGGACAUACGUCGACGGCGUGACCUCUUGAAUCGCUUCUCUCAACCCCAACUAAGGGAGAUGUUGUAUAGUGUUGGGAACAAGGUUAAAGACAACACAAGUUCAAUGCUUCAGGAUGUCCGGGCCGGCAAGCAGACCGAGAUCGAAGAAUUUAACGGCUGGCUAGUUGAAACGGCGACUUGCCUUAACGACAACUUGGAUGUUACCCAUCACCGCAUACUAAUUGAUCUUGUGCACGACGGCAACGUUCUACCAAAAGAAUCACUCGUCAACUAUUUUCCUUCUUGCAAAGGGUCUAAGUCUGCAGCUGUCUGA